AUGAGGGACCUAGAGACCGACACGGCAUCCUGCUUGCAGCCCCUGGUGCUGACGCCAAGCAGCAAGGUUCACAUCCUCUGGUCCUUGAUUGGCAGCCUCUUCAUCGUCUGGGAUCUCGUUACGAUUCCCCUGGAGCUCUUCGACGUGCAGGCGAUGAUCGAGUUCCUGGUGUCCGUGGGGAGGUUCUCCUUCGUGUACUGGCUCAUCGACAUGCCCCUGCACAUGAUCUUCGCCGUGGAGGUGGACGGCCAUCUCGAGAUGAGACCCAGGGAGCUCAUACGAAGGUAUCUACGUGGCUGGUUCGCGAUCGACAUCAUCGUCAUCUCCAUCGACGCGUCGCUCAUCAUUCUCCAGGAAGUUCAGAACUCCGAGCCCGAAG